AUUUAUGUGAACCGAUUCGCCAGUCGUUUUUGUCAAGGUCUGGACGAUCUGAAGCGGAUCAACGAGUCAAGUGUCGUUCAACCGAUUCUCCUCAAUAUCGACUGUGCCAACGGGAUUGGCAGCAAAGUGUUGGGUCAAUUUCGUCACGAACUUACACGACUGAACUGUCCAGUCAGUUUCAAACUGUACAAUGCUCAAACCAAGCGACGUGAUUGGUUGAAUAAGAAGUGCGGAGCUGAUUUUGUCAAGCUACACUACAAAGCACCAUAUCUGUACGAUCGUGAACCGGGGGCUUUCCCUCUAGACCCCGGUAACCGUUGGGCUACAAUCGACGGGGAUGCGGAUCGUAUUCUCUAUUUCCAUAUCCCGGAUGCACCCGAGUCGACCGGUGAAGCUGGCGACGAACCGCACAUAGUCCUUCUGGACGGGGAUAAAAUCGCCUGUCUGUUUGCGACUAUAAUUAAGCGACUUCUGCCGGAAAAUAAACAGCUUACAAUCGGUGUGAUCCAGACGGCUUAUGCAAACGCAGCCGCCUCACUCUAUUUAGCGAAGAAGGUGGAUGCUAACGGGCAUGGAACUGUGUUGUACUCGCCGUCCGCACUGGACUGUAUCCGAUCUCUGCCUUCGGAUCACCCCCUGGCCGUGUUUGCCAGUCUCACUAACACAACUAUUGGCGAUGCCGUGGCGGAUAUUUUGAUGAUCGAAUACGCUUUGGCUUAUCUCGGUUGGUCCAUGUCUGACUGGGCUGCUCUGUAUACAGAGUUCGCUUCGCGUCAGCUCAAGGUGGCUGUCGAGCGACCGCAUCUCAUUCAGACGGUAGACGCGGAGCGCCGUGUUUCGUGUCCAAUUGCGCUACAGGUUAGUUGA